AAUCCUACUUCAAUUUAAACUAUAUCGUACCGACGACGAUACUCUCUAUAAACAAAACACCCACCGGAGAACGAUGUUUUAGGCUUUUCGUUACAGUGACUGUUGACUUUUGACGGAGAUUAUAAUGGCCGGCGGAGGAAUGGUGAACGGCAAGGGCGGUGCUAGGGCGGAGUUGUACGAGCAUAAGAUCACCCCCUACUUCAUUUUUGCUUGCAUCGUUGCUGCUCUUGGCGGAUCUUUGUUUGGAUAUGAUCUUGGUGUCUCCGGUGGAGUAACAUCCAUGGACCAUUUCUUAAAAGAAUUCUUCCCAAAAGUUUACAGAAGAAAACAAGAACAUCUCAAAGAAACCGAUUACUGCAAAUACGACAACCAAAUCCUCACCCUUUUCACGUCGUCGCUUUAUUUCGCCGCCCUAUUCUCCACCUUCUUCGCCUCCCAUGUCACCCGGAACAAAGGCCGGAGAGCCAGCAUUCUCUGCGGUGCCGUCAGCUUCUUUGCCGGAGCCUCAAUCAACGCCGGAGCUCAAAACAUCGCCAUGCUCAUCAUCGGCCGAUGCCUUCUUGGUGUCGGAAUCGGAUUUGGUAACCAAGCUGUUCCUCUUUACUUGUCGGAAAUGGCACCGGCGAAAAUCAGAGGGGCGGUGAACCAGUUGUUUCAAUUGACAACUUGUUUAGGCAUAUUCAUAGCCAAUUUUAUCAACAAUGCAACGGAGAAACACAAGUGGGGAUGGCGAUUAUCAUUAGGGUUGGCUACAGUUCCGGCGUUCUUGAUGUUCGUCGGAGGGCUUUUCUUGCCGGAAACGCCGAACAGUUUAGUCGAACAAGGGAAAUUAGAAGAAGGAAGAAGGGUUUUGGAAAGAGUUAGAGGUACCAAAAACAUCGAAGCAGAAUUUCAAGAUCUGGUUGAAGCAAGUGAAGCUGCAAAAGCCAUUAAACAUCCUUUCAGGAACCUUCUGAAGAGAAAAAAUCGACCACAAUUGAUCAUCGGAGCUUUGGGUAUACCUGCGUUUCAACAGCUUACAGGGAUGAAUUCUGUGUUGUUUUAUGCGCCUGUGAUUUUUCAGAGCUUAGGGUUUGGUUCUGGUGCGUCGUUAUGGUCAUCCACCAUCACUAGUGGCACUCUUGUUGUUGCUACCUUCAUUUCAAUGGCGUUUGUUGAUAGAUUUGGCCGGAGAGCAUUCUUCUUGGAAGCCGGCAUUGAAAUGAUCAUCGCUAUGGUAUGUGUGGCCGUAACCCUAGCUAUCAAAUUCGGACAAGGAGUGGAACUAUCAAAAGGAAUUGGGAUUUUUCUAGUGGUGAUGAUUUGUAUAUUUGUUUUGGCUUAUGGGCGUUCAUGGGGUCCAUUGGGAUGGCUAGUGCCUAGUGAAUUAUUCCCAUUAGAAACAAGGUCGGCAGGUCAAAGCAUCGUGGUUUGUGUCAACAUGUUCUUCACAGCAUUAGUUGCACAAUGUUUUCUUGUGUCACUAUGUCAUCUCAGAUAUGGCAUAUUUUUGUUGUUUGCUGGAUUGAUUGUUGUUAUGAGUUGCUUCAUCUUCUUCUUGUUGCCUGAAACAAAACAAGUUCCCAUUGAAGAGAUACAUUUGCUUUGGCAGAAACAUUGGUUGUGGAAAUCUUAUUGUGAACCAGAAGAAGAAAAAACAGGAAUGAAACCUGUGCAAGUUGUGUAGAAUUUGUAAUUAGUUUUACAGAUGUUCGAUUUGUUUUCCUUUUUGGUUAUAUGUAUUAAAUAAUUGUAAAGAUGCUUUGAUCUAUGUUUUGGAAGUGAUGAUCUGAUUGUGUAAGUUUAAA